AUGGCUGCUCUCCGUCUCUCGGCCCUAGCCGUUGCGGCUAUCUCCUUCGUCCAGCAGGCCCAGGCAUGGAACGUUGAGCUCCCUCCUUGCACUCAGCCCUUCCGGCCCUUUGUCUAUGCCGGAUGCUUCUCCGACGCGGGCAACCCGGAUGCUCUCAGCUUCCGGACCAGUCUCAACACCCAGUCCAUGACCGUCGAGAAGUGCAUGGCCGAGUGCAAGGGCAACGGCUACAGAUAUGCCGGCCUCGAGUACUACGGCGAGUGCUUCUGUGGCCAGACCGUCAACGGCGCCCUCCUCUCCGAGUCCAAGUGCACCUUUCCCUGCACCGGCAACAAGACGCAGACCUGCGGUGGCAACAACAUCGUCUCCGUCUGGCAAGACCCGACCUUCCCGGAUGCCAAGGAUGUCACCAUUGCCAACUACGUCAAGCUCGGCUGCUUCACCGACAACUCCAACAUCGGGCGUACCCUCGGCUACCCGCUCGCCAAGACCAACGCCUCCGCGAUGACCACCGAGACCUGCCUGCAGGGCUGCCGAUCUCAGGGCUUCCCCUUUGCCGGUACCGAGUACGGGGGCGAGUGCUGGUGUGGCGCCGUGAUGGGCAACUUUACCACCCAAGCGGCUGACAGCGCUUGCAACAUGCCUUGCAAGGGCAACAGCGCGCAGAUCUGCGGUGGCCGCAGCCUUCUCAGCGUCUACGUGGCCAAGGAGCUCGAGUCGAUCGAGCCAUGCGGUGGCUCCAACCCUCCUGGCCCGCCCUCGUCGACGGUAUCAACAACUUCGUCUACGAGCUCCACUGCCUCGAGCACUUCUUCCACGGCGAGCACUUCGUCAUCCACCUCUAGCUCCAGCUCCAGCUCCAGCUCUUCCUCCAGCUCCAGCUCUAGCUCGACUUCAUCUUCGGCUACCUCGACUACGUCCACAUCCUCGUCGAGCAGCUCGAGCAGCAGCUCGUCCACCUCGAGCGUCGUGUCUUCAACUUCGACGAGCUCCUCUUCGUCAAGCUCGUCUUCCAGCAGCUCCAGCUCGAUCUCAUCCACCACAACCAGUGCUGGAGUCCCCAGCACUACGCCGGCAACCUCCAUCCCGACCACUAGUGCGCCCACCACUUCCAAGCCGACUCUGAGCACUACAUCCACGAGCGCCCUCUGCACUUCGACCGUCACUAUCCCGUCCAAGUGCGAGUAUGGCUGCGGUCGAUGGUGCUCGGGCAACCUGCCCGACUGGAGCAACACUGAUGGCUGCAAGAACGGCUACUCUCGCUGCAAGCUGCAGGUCGCCGACUGCUUCAAGAACGCCGGCUGGCCUGAUUCGCUCAAGUGCUUCGACUUCGCGUCGUGGUGCUCGGACAUCAACGGCUACUGCGGCUCUACCCCCUCCAACAGGUGCUCCAAGUCGGACUGCUUCGGCCGCAAGCCUCCUCACGGCGGCCACCCCGUCGUCACGACCACCACCGUCGUCCCCUGCAAGGUCACGUCUGUCUCGUCGUCGACGAGCACCAAGCCGACGACGCAGUGCCCCAUCCCCACGCCGACCAACAUCUGCAAGCAGCCCUCGUCGUGGCAGUACGGCUACGGGCCCGGCAACCCCGUCGGCGGCAUCGAGCUGCCCAUCGUCACCUGCAACGACCUCAAGGGCGACUUCAACGCCGGCAACCAGUUCAAGCUCUACACCAACAAGGACUCGUCCCAGUGCGGCAGCUACCCGCGCUGGCGCUGCUCCAGCGCCUGCGCCGACGCCUGCAAGUCCCAGUACGACCAGUGCCAGGCGACCUACGUCCAGGGCUGCAAGGACAACGGCAACGGCGGCAACGGAGGCGGCAACGGAGGCGGCUGGGGCAACGGCGGAGGCUGGGGUAGCGGCGGAGGCUGGGGCAACGGCGGCAACAAUGGCGGCAACAACGGAUGGGGCAACGGAGGAAACAACGGAUGGGGCAACGGAGGAAACAAUGGCUGGGGCAACGGUGGCAACGAUGGGAACAACGACAACGGCAACGGGAACAACAACGGCGGCUGGGGCAGCUGGUUCAGCGGCUGGUGGAAGCGCGAUGCCGCCCCGGCCACCACGGUCAAGCGGACCUACUUUGACUAUGUCAACGCGCCCAACAAGCGCACCUUUGGCUGGACCGACACGUGGAGCCAGGCGUCCAACAAGUGCCAGGUGCAAUACCAAGACUGCCUGUCGGAGAACGCCAACGUCAAUGUUUGGAACAAGUGCAAUGUCUUUGGCGGUGGGUUUUACUAA